CACAUACUUCCACACAAAAAUAUAAAUAUCAAUAUCCAUAUAUCUACAACAAUACAUAUAUUUAUAUUCCCACCAUAUAUAAACACGCAUAUACACGAAUAAAAGCAACCCAAGACAAUCACCAAGUGCAAAAUGGCCAACUACAAAGAAAUCUCCGAAGCAUGUUCACUGCUCCUAUUCUUCUACGUCACAGUCAAUCUAAUCGGAGACGCAAUUAUAAUUAGUUUGAUAGCCUUGAUAACCGGCAAAUCACUAUGGGAAGCUUCACAAAUAUAUAAAGAGCGUUGUGAAGAGAUUUAUAAAUGGCCUCCUUCAUUCUUGAGGAUUGAGGGUGAAGAGAAAGAUCAGGAUAAAGAGACUACCAUAAAUGCUGAAGAUGCUCCUGAAGCUUUAGAAGCCGUGGAAUCGCCCAACUACAGCCUUAACACAGUGGAAAUCUUCCUCGGCGAGCUGGAGAAGCAUGUCAUGGAAUUAUUCAAUGACUUUGACGAGAUUAUCUACCAAGCUGCUAUGGUGAGGCGACAGCAACAAAGUGCCGAGGUAAAAGAAGCAAGAGAACCAUUGAAAACUCCUGCAAGUAAAUCUGCUCCACCAGUCGUCUCUUCUACAGUUUCCUCCCUUCUCUCUGCCAUCACAGACGAAACCAAUAAUGUCUCAGGUGGCACGUGGAGACUCUUUUACUCGGAUACAGUUUACAAAAGGGAUAAUUCUCUACGGUUAGAAUGGAAGACUAAAGAGAAAUAUGAGGCGUGGUUGAGAAAAAAUGGUUGGAUUGCCAUUACAGAGGAGGAGAUAGAGACGUUGGAAAGGUGGAAGGGAUGGGCUUUGGCGUUUCCUGAGAAUGGGGAGGAUAGUGAUUGGGAGGAUGAGGAGGAGGAGGAGUGGGUUCAAAUUUGUGGAAGAAGGGAGGGGAGUAGGGGAGUUUGAAAAGCGAGGGUGGAGUUUGCGAAUUUGGAACUUGGUAAUUUGGGAACUGGAAAUGGGAAAUUGAAAAUGGGAAAUGGGAAAUUGGAGACUGGAAAUUGGAAAUUCGGAAAAAUGGGAAUUUGGAAAUCGAAAACUUAACUAGAAAUAGAGUUCUAAGAUCAAAAUAUAAUUAGAACAAAAGUACAACAAUCUUAUCUCAUAUUAUAUAGAUACUUUAUACAAUAUUUCAGCU